GCGAAAAUUGUUUUGCUGUGCGCGUGCGGCGGGGUGGGCGCUCAGGUGAGCGUCAGUCCGCGCCGCGAUCUCCCGCCGACAGGGAUCGACGCACGCGACACCGACACACCGCUAAAAUUCGGAGUUGUUUUGAAAAUCGAACGCAUUUUCACAACCGUUCGAACUUCGCAGCGAUUCGAAAUUUGAUAUUGUAGUAAAUUAGGAAUGGCAUUCUUGGUUUAGUAGUAGGAGUUUUUUUGGGGACAUGUUUAGGGGUUGAGGUGGGGGCAGUGAUGUCCGACGAGAGAUGCGGCCCGUUGUCAUCGCUGCGUGCUUGCUGCUGCUUGCGCCCAUCACCGACUCUUGGUGGGCGUCUGGCAGCGCAGUGAUCCUAGACCCGCGCAUGGUUUGCAAGAAGAACCGCCGCACGCGGGGCCGCCUCGCUCAGAUUUGCAGAAACGAGACCGGUCUGCUCAAGGAGAUCAUCAGGGGCGUCACCCUGGGGGCCACGGAGUGCGCCCACCAGUUCAGAACUAGAAGGUGGAACUGCACGACGCAAAGACGCAGCAUGAGGAAAAUACUAAUGAGGGACACGAGAGAAACAGGUUUCGUGAAUGCAAUCACUGCGGCGGGGGUCACAUAUGCCAUAACCAGAGCUUGCACUGCCGGAUCACUUUUGGAGUGCUCAUGUGAAAAGGGUGCGCCACCAAAAUCUCGUCGUGGGAAGGUUUUACCCAUCACACUCCCACCUUCUACAGUACCAACAGAAAGGUGGCAGUGGGGUGGAUGCAGUGAUAAUGUUCGCUUUGGUCUCAGGAAGUCUAGGGAAUUCAUGGACAGCCGAUACAGAAAACGAAGCGAUAUAAAGACUAUGAUUAAACUUCAUAACCAUAAUGCUGGGAGGUUGGCAAUCAAAAAUAACAUGAGAAUAGAGUGUAAAUGCCACGGAGUGUCAGGUUCUUGUAUGCUAAGAACAUGUUGGUGGAGGAUGCCCACUUUCAGGGAAGUCGGCGAUAAGCUACGAGAUAGAUUCGAAGGUGCUGCGAAGGUUAUCGCGAGCAACGAUGGCGGCAGUUUCAUGCCAGAAAGCCCAAGCAUAAAAAGGCCUGGCAAAAGAGACAUAAUCUAUUCCGAAGAAUCUCCAGACUUCUGUACCCCAAAUAUGAAGACUGGAUCUCUUGGAACUGAGGGACGCCAAUGCAAUGUCAGCUCUGCAGGAACUGAUAGUUGUGAUCAGCUCUGCUGCAGAAGAGGAUAUAAGCAUACGACGGUCAAAGAGACUGAGAAUUGUAAUUGUCAAUUCAAAUGGUGUUGCGAAGUAAUAUGUGACACAUGUUAUGUGAAGCGAGACAUACAAAAGUGUCUUUAAUGUGAUAAACAAUGUAAUAAAUGUUUAAAUAUUAAACUACUAAUUAUA